AUGAAGUACCUCUUGUGGAUCUGCUUCCUUUUCACCGGCGAAUCCCACGGAUACGUGCGCCUUACAAACUUGGAGUGCAAAAGCUAUGACAAAACAUUCAUCGACUUUCCCGCAUGCCGACUGAAAGUGCUUGGCAGGGGAAUCAUCGGCGCCAACAUUCAUGUAAAGUUUCUAAAACUGCCAAUAAAUAGAAUGGUCGUGAGACUCGCCACUUAUCGGAAGCUAUCCGGAUACCAUCCGUUUCUAUUUAAUGUUACCGAGGAAAUCUGUCGCGCCCUAAAGUACCCCAAUCGUCUGAGAGUCUUCUACUACUUCUACACCGCCUUUUUGCCCUAUUCCAAUCUGAAUCAUACAUGUCCUUACAACAAUGAUGUCUUCAUAAGGAACUGCACCCUGAAUGAUCGUAUGUUUGCAAAGGUUCCAUUGCCAAAGGGCAUCUAUAAGUUAACCCUCGAGAUGGAUGAUGGUGUCAUGAACUGGGUUUCCAUCAUAAACGUCCACUUUGAAAUUGAUGUUGACUAAGGGGAACA